UUGCGGAAGAAAACAAAGUGCAAGGAAGGAAGGAAGCUUUACAAGUUUUCAAGUAGACAAACAAAUUUGUGAAAAAAAUAUCAAUAAAGUUAUAAAAAAUAUAACAAAAAUAAAUAAAUUGAGUCAUCAUGGUCGUCAUGAUUGAACAAGAAGUUAUACACACGAAUUCCGUUUCAAAGCGAAUUUUUGAUUUUAUACAAAAUGUCUUUGAAUUCUUAAUUGUUUUCUUGAAAAUGCUAUUGGGAGCACUUGAAGCAAUUAUAGAAACUAUCUUGCCAAAGAAAUUAAAGGAUGUUAGCGGUGAAAUUGUAUUGAUUACUGGCGCUGGCCAUGGCAUUGGUCGUGAAUUGGCUUUACACUAUACAGCUCAUUAUAGUACCGUUGUUUGUGUGGAUAUAAAUGAAAAAUCCAAUGAAGACACCGUGAAAAGUGCCAAACGACUGAAUAAAGGAGCUGUUUUUAGUUAUAUGUGCAAUGUUACUGACCGUGAAGCUGUUUUAAAUUUAGCCAACAAGAUCAAAGAUGAAGUAGGACCUGUUUCAGUACUAAUCAAUAAUGCUGGCAUUAUGCCCAUUAAUCCGUUGGAAAAACAAACAGCUGAAGAUAUACGAAGAACAUUCGAUAUUAAUGUAUUUUCACACUUUUGGACAUUGGAAGCAUUCUUACCGCACAUGAAAGAACAAAAUCGUGGUCACAUUGUAGCCAUGUCUUCAAUAUCUGGUAUCGUGGGUCUACCCAAUUUGGUGCCAUAUUCAGCUACGAAAUUUGCCGUCCGGGGUCUUAUGGAAUCACUGUACACAGAGUUGAGAAGUGGACCCUAUAAGAAUUUGAUUAAAACCACCACCAUUUGUCCUUACAUGACCAACACUGGCUUGUGCAAAAAUGCCAAAGUUCGUUUCCCUUCGAUAUUUGGUUUAUUGGAUCCCAAAGAGGUAGCUGCACAAAUUGUUCAGGCCCAACGUUCGGAUGAAAAUGAAAUUACUGUACCUUCGUAUUGGUAUCAUGUUAAUAGAUUUUGCCGCCUGUUGCCUCUAGAGUCGGCUGCACUAUUAAUGGAUUAUGUUGAUAGUGGUGUUCAAGCUGAACAAUGAUUUAAAUGUACAAUCCUUUUUAAAAUCAAAUCGAAAUUUUCUGCUUGAAGCGGCAAUGAAUUGACAAGGACAUGUGGCGUUUAAGUAUUAACUUUAAUUUAAUGUAAGGAAUUCGCUUUCCAUUUUUCUAAAUAUAUUUAAGGGAUACAUUUACAUAUUAUAAUUCAUUCCAUAACUUAAUUUUAAGUUGUAAAAUAUGUUUUUUAUACUAAAUUCAAUUAAAUAUGUAUAAGAAAAAUA